AUGCAGGAUGCGCCAUUACGCGAAUGGAUGGGUUAUGAGUCCAGAAGCGGCUAUCGCGAGGAGUACCUCCUUGAGGACUUGCGUCUAGAAGGUCGCGGUAGUGCUGCAAAUGAAUUAUGCUCCUGUGGUGAAUCAGAUGCAAAUGGUCUGAAAGAGCGACUUUACCGGUGUGAGGACUGCUUCGGCUUGGAAAUGACGUGCGCAGCAUGUUGCGCAGCGUCACAUCGACAAUUGCCUUUGCAUGUUAUCAAGAAAUGGAAUGGGUCAUCAUUUGAACAAAGCAGCUUAAAAGAGAUAGGAUUGAGAGUGCAACUGGGGCACAGUGAUUUGAAAUGUGUGUGUCCUGAGCGUGGACACGUGGAUUUCAUAGUUAUACAUGUGAACGGAAUCCAUCACGUCAACGUUGAUUUCUGUGGCUGUGACCAAUGUGUUUCCCAUCGUCAACAGCUGCUUCGUUGUGACUGGUACCCUGCGACAAUCCAUUUCCCACAAACCGCAUGCACAAGGCGUGUACUCGAAUAUUUUCUUGUUAUGACAUGGUCAAGCAAGGUCUCGGGGCAUGAAUUUUAUAUGACGCUUGAGCGUUUGACAGACAACGUGGGAUUGAAUAUUCCCAAUAGCCAAUACAGGGCCUUCAUGAGGACAAUCCGACAGUUCAGGCAUAUUAGAAUGAUGAAGCAAGCGGGUCGAGGAAAUGUUGGAGGAGGAAUUGCUUCAACGGAACCAGGCGCGCUUGCAGUACAGUGUCCUGCCUGUCCGCACCCUGGAAUCAAUUUACCAGGAGACUGGGAACAGAUAGACGUCUCCCUAAAGUUCCUGUAUGCUAUAUUCCUAGCUCUAGAUGCCAAUUUUCGCCUCAAGAACCGUUUGCGGUCAUCCAAAGCUGGCGAUCCUGGGUUGCAUACUGGUCUCGCAUACUUCGUGCCCAAUGAGCCUUACAGGGCACAUAUUUUAAAUAAUGCUAGCCAGAACGAUAUAAGUUCAUGUAGCGGUUUCAAGACACUGGCGCACGCUGAAACCAAGUUUUCCAACGGUCUUCGGGCCACUGGUGUUGGGCUUUGCCUGUGUGCACGUCACGAAUUUGUUCGACCUGUUGGCGUUGGAGACUUGCAGAAGGGCGAACGAUAUGCAAAUAUGGAUUACAUUUUUUUCUCGACAAUUACGCCGCUGUUACUUCUUUCAGUGGUCAUAUCUUACGAUAUCGCAUGCCAAUGGAAGUUGAAUCUCUUGAAACGUAUGUUGGCACUUCCGGAGGACAUUCAAAUACCCGUGGUUACUGCCGUUGCUGCAUUCCUAUUUGCUGUCCCAAAGUUUCAUGCACCGGCACACGAGGAGAAAUGUUCGACCCCCCAUUCACUCAAUCUAAUGCCAGGAGUGGGCCGCACGGACGGUGAAGGAAUUGAACGAAAUUGGGCUGAGAUGAAUUGUGUGGCAAAUAGUACGAAAGAGAUGGGACCGUGUUCACGGCACGAUACACUCGACGAUCACUUCAGGCAUCACAAUUGGCGUAAACUUACUGGUCUUGGUCUUUCUCUUCGUAAGAAGCUGCUGCUUGCCCUCAAAGAGAACAGACGGCAGAGAGAAAUGUUUGCUGAGUUCGAUGCCGCAAUUGAUGCUCCCCAACAUGAUGAGUGGCUUGCCAUGAUAUUAGCAUGGGAGUCUGAUAAGGCACAAAGUAAUCCUUAUCUCGUUCUGAACACCAAUCUAACAGAGGCUCAAAUGCACGCUGCGAUGGCAGAAGAAGAGAAAGAUGCUAUUGUGUCUGGCAGAGUCCUCCCACAUGAGACAUCACCAAGCGCUUUCAUACAUCUUGGGUUUUCAAUUGAGGACACACAACGGCACGUGAAAAAUGAUGCAGAACGGACUUCAUCCUUGAGCUCUGACCAAGAGAGUGAUUUACACCACCGUCGUGCAGGCUUGCACAGGCAAAUUUGCCGCUUCCGCAAGAUCCAAAACGUUUACAUGCUGGGGAUCAAUGAGUGGGUCGAGCAGCAUAGUGUCGAUCAAUCCCCCCAUCCAGAGGACGUUGAGCUGUGGUUGCCAUCUGCAUUGAACGCUCAGUCUAGAUCUUCAAUGUGCAGGUACGACAUUGAAAUCAUCGAGUCAGAGCUUCGCAAAGGACAAUGCAGAGACGCCCUUGACAAGAUGCGAAACCUCCUACGCACCAAAACUCACUUUGUCAAACGACGGAAUUUAGACAUCCGCGGUCAACGGGCUAAUACUCGAGCAUGUGCGCUUAUCGACUGUAUUGACGACAAAUAUACGAAGUCGCGAAAGGCGCUGCUCACUCUCAUUGGUGAGGGAGACUGGGUAACCGAGCUCCAACUGCUCUUACCUAGACAUAUCGUAGGCCCUCACGAUCCACUGGAGGAAGAGCCAUCGUCACGUACAAUUAGGCGAGAGCAAGAUAUGCAAAAUGGCCUGGGCGAAGGAUUUCAUGUGACCUUAUGGAUUUGGACCACCAGAGGUGUGCUCGGUGAUAACUCUGAUGCAUUGCUGAACGAUGCCGUGCGUGUUGAGUGGGCAAAAGCACGUGCUCGCUCCUUGAGGUGGUCAGAAGAGGUUCUGUUACUCAAGGAAGAAAUGCGACAAGUUCGCCAGUAUUUAGACUGGCGAGCACAAUGGUGGGAAGCACGUGCAGAGCUAGACCAUCAUGACAAAGGUAUUGUUGAGGGUGCACGUGCAUAUGCAUAUCGUCAGUCCGCAAUUCAGCGUGCACUGCUCUCCCGCUUCACUGCUCUAUGGGAGGCUCAAUCCGCAUUUAACCAAAGUCGCAAAUUUUCACGCAUGUUCGGUGGUGGUGUACAAGAUUCGAACACUGACAAUGAGCCGUUUUCAAUACAGGCGGAUGGAGCAGAGGACGAGGACGAGGACAAGGUAGAUGAUGUAGACUGA